AUGGUAUCCGGCGAUUUGCGUCACGCAGACGACGAUGGCGACGACGCUGCGAUGCCGCUGUGGCUGCUGGAGGUGUCGCCGGACCACGAGAGCAGUCGCAGCACGCUCAGCGUCGCCCUGGCUGACGUGGACAGAUUCCAGCGAGCCAAUGACGGCGAGACACCUGUUAUCGUCCUCGUCUCCGUCGUUAUCGAGCCAGGACGAUCCAAACCCGCGACGGAGCGCAAGGAGCGGGCGCGGCAUGGCAACACGGAGGAUCUGAUUCUGCGCAGCGUCGUGCGGCCGAUGCAGGCCAUCGCGGAGAGCAGGAAG